GCACGGCGUCAAUGUCGUGAAACAAAGACAAUACUAAAUCAAUUGUCUUGUACCCAAUUGUGAUUAAUAGAUAAAAAGUAAGUUGUUGGGGGCUCGAAUGAUUGAUUGAUGAAUCGAGGUGUUUCGUUCUCCGAAAUUGUGAGGAGAUCCGACAUGGGAAUGAACGAGUUGCGUGUACCAGAGUUUUCAAAUUUAUUUUUGGUGUUGGAGCGGAGGAUGCAUGUUUGAUUUUGUUUCGGGAACAAUAAAAUUAAAAUAUUUGGUACGAUCAUACUUCGUAUACCGUAUUCUUUGGGGUUUCGUCUGCACCGACCGUCACCAGCAUCGAAUUUCACUGUGGAUCCCCUGGAAUUUGUCACAUCGAGUCAAUUACGCUGUGCGUUGCAACGAACUGGAGCUGGAUUCACGAGGCGAAGCGAAAGUUGCUAGGAUAGAUUCAAUCUUGCGCUUGUUCACUCACAACUAAACACACACGACAACAGUAGCAACAGCAAUUGCAACCGAUUUCUGCCCUAUCCAAGCUGAUGGCAAACCGUGGUCGGCAACUCACUCGAUUUUGUUUCGCUGUUGUUCUCUUCGCAUCGUGUGGCAUACGCUUACAGCAUUGACCCUCUCGUACAACACCCAUAGAAACAGCAACCACCAAGAACGAUAACCGAAUUGCAUUGCAUCGCGCCUCGACAUCGCGUAGAAUCCGCCACCGAAUUGAUCACCGUGGACCAUUGCCGCCAUGUCGGAGCAAAACGCCAACGACACAUCGGGGCAAUCACCGGAAUUGCAGAGCGGCCGUCGCUCCAGGCGCGCCAGAAAGAAGGUAGUGGAUUACGCCAAGGAGCAGGAGUUCAGCGACGACGAUCUGUUCGAAGACGGGCCCAAGGCACCGGAAUCCAUCGUCGCUGCCACUGCCGUUUCGAAAAAGAGGAAAAGCAAGGGGGGCCGCAAAUCGAAGGGCGGCCGCAAGAGCACGUCGAAGAAACAGCAAAAUGGCAACAGCAACGGCCMAAUGGAUGCGCUGGAUCCGUACGACGACAACGACGAAGACGAAGAUGUUCCAUCGAAGCCCAUCUACACCGAAAAAGGCUACGAUCCGUCGCUUCCACCCAUCCGCGAACGCUUUCCUUUUUUGCCGGAAUACGAACUCGACGGAUCGCCCAGGAUCGACAUGAUUAUCGGGAGGCGGCCGAUGGACUCAAACGACGACGACAAGAAGGACAAAAAAGACGGCAGCAGCGACGAUGACGAAAAAUCCGCAGACAACGACGACGACGACGACGACGACGACGUAAAUGAAGAAGAGUCCGACGGACGGCGCAAGCGUGGUCGAAAGGGAAACAAAAACCAGGGGAAAUCGCCAUCCACAAAUGGCAAAAACAAGAAGGAAUCGCUCAUCGAAUACGAGUAUCUCGUCAAGUACAAGAAUCUGUCGCACAUGCAUCUCGAAUGGAAAUCGGGCGCGGAUCUGGAAUCCAUGAACAAGUCGGCGAAGACCAUGUACCGUCGCUACCUGAAAAAAAUAGCACAGGGCCAGGACGACGACAUUGAAAGCCCCGACUUCGAUCCUUCCUUUGUCGUCGUGCAAAAGGUUCUCGCCGAAGAAGAGCAAGAACUCGAGCUGGAGGUCCAGGGCGAGGAGCUCUUGAAAUGGGAAAUGGAGAGGGAAAAAGAGCUUGCAGAGGAAGAUCUUAGCGAAGAAGAAAGAGAACGCGAGGAAGAACAGCGGCAAGAAGAGGAAGCAAGGAAAAAGGCCAGCGAAACAGCAGGCGAAGGCGAUGAGAAUACGGUUGCCGGCGCGGAAAAGGCAAACAAAGACAAAGAUUUGCAGGCAGAUACCAAAAACGAAACCCAAAAACUGUCGAACGAUGAGGAAGAGAAGAAAGGUGAGUAAUUUGAAUCCAACGGUUUGCAGUCGCGCUUUUUCUUGCGUCUACUGUUGGAUCGCUUCCGUCUACUAACAUCCUAUAUUGUCAACCUCUUCGUUCUUUCAAGACGACGCAUUGGAUGACUGGAGGAAGGAAGAUAUCGAUUUCAGUCAGCUCACUCUUGAAAAAUUGAAAAAGAUCGUCGACCUUGACGAAGCAUACUAUCCCAAGAUAGAAGGAUGCGACAAUCCCUACCGAGAUGGAUACAUAACGGAACCUCCGAAAAAGCCCAGGGCUUCCUAUCUCUUCUUUCAGUGUACUAUGCGCGCAUAUUUUUCGAUGCGAAAUCCAAAUGCAACGAAUUCGGAACUCAUGACGAUUCUAGGAGAACAAUGGGCGUCCAUGUCGGAGGAAAAGGGACAGGGACCCUUUCUUGAGUUGGCGAAGGAAGAAUACAAGCAAUACGAAAAAGAGCGCGCACUGCUGGAACGAGCUCAACGACCAAACGAAAUGUGGCAACCUAUUCGUAGAUGCAAAAUGGUUUUGGAGAGGCUGUCGCAGGAUGGCUUUGCAAACAUUUUUCUUGAGCCGGUGAAUUUAGACGAUUUUCCCGACUACGAGGAUGUUAUAGACUUCCCCAUGGAUCUCCAAACCGUACGGAGAAAGCUAGAAACUAGAAAGUAUCAGAUGCCGGAACAAUUUGCCCGAGACAUGCGAAAGAUCUGGAACAACUGCAAGAUCUAUAAUCGUCACGGUUCUGCUAUCUGGCACGUUGCCGAUUACAUGUCGAAACAAUUUGAGCGGCUCUACCAUGCCUGGGUGCAACAAUUCCGUGAACGAUAUUUGAGAUGGGCCAACCCCAGGGCUCGUCCGUGGGAACACACAUGUCGGCAACACGAUGGAAAAUGCAACACCAAGGACGAAGACCUCGUGUUGUGCGACCACUGCGAUGCCGCGUACGGAUACAAAUGCCUGAAGCCACCGCUAGAAAAGCUUCCGAGCGGGGUGUGGCACUGCCCGGAUUGCGCGAAGAAGCUGAGAUCGGUGCGGGGUGUACAGAUGAUGUCCGCUGUUUCCGAGCAAGCCGUCCGCAAAAGGGCCGAGCUCGGUGAGAUCCCUACACGCAAAGUCAAGAAAACCAUGUACCUAGUGAAAUGGGCUGGUCUUGGGUACGAGUUCUGUACAUGGGAAACGAAGGAAGACAUCGGCAAUCCCGAGCUUAUUGCCGAAUUCCGUAAGCUCAACGACAUUGUCUCAGAAGAACCAUUUAUUACCGAAAAUGCCGUAUCGAAGGUAUUGGAAGAAACUGAACACAUCAACCCGAAGAAUGCUGGAGGCAGCACCUGUAUACCUGAUCUUCGCACAAGGCUUUAUUCCCAAACAAGGGCGUUUCAGUUUGUGAAGUUUGGUCUAGAUGUUCCAAAAAAUGUUGCUGCAGAGUGUGGACCAGUAUUGAAGGCAUCGCAUCAAUUGUCUCUGGUCGAUAAAAAAACUCCGUAUCACUCGAAAGAAAUUCAAUUGUGUCUGAACGAAUUGGUAGAACGAGUCGCGCUCAAGGGAACACUCCCAAUGGUGAUGAAACUGGAUCCCUCUCUACCACCGUGCCUUACUGGAGAGUACGAUGUUGUUGUCCCAAUUACUGCGAAGGGGCUUAUGAUGAAUGUCGGCGAAAUCCACGGAUCUGUGGCGUUUCUUGGAUACAGACAGUUUCCUGAUGGUAGUAAGGGCCCUGCCGAGCUUAAUAACCUCAUCAGGGGUACCGGCGACAAGAUAAUUGCAGUUGACGGCGUGAGCACGGUAAAUAAAACCUUCAAGGACGUUAUUGGAAUGCUUCGAGUGGCGGGGAAGAACAAAUACUCGGUCAUGCGUUUUUUGGAAAGCCAGUACGCCAAUAUUGAUAAUGAUCUGACGAGUUACGGAAAACGCGGUCGUUUUACAAUCGAGACACUAAGCAACAAAUUCAGCACCGAUCGUAAGCGUUUGUUGGUGCAGCGGUAUAUUCAUGCCGAGAACGAGUCAAAAGAGGAAGGGGAAAAGGAAGCAAUCGACGGCGAAGAAGACGAGGAUAGCGAAGGUGAAUUUCAGCCAGAGAGCGACGAAGAAGCGGAUCAGGACGAAGUUCUCAAUCGGACCACAGAUCUAUCGAAGGAAAUGAAAAAAUUGGAAACCGACGAAGACUUCAAAACGGGGAAGAGUGAUGCUCCUCCGGCUACACCUGAGAAAUCGGAAACGAAGGUCAUGGUCCAGACGGAGGAAAAGGAGAAGGCUCCGCCUAAUGGAAAUGGAACAACGGAACAACCAGAUGUUGUGCCCAAUUCACCAAUUAACGCCGAUGCAUCUGCCGAAGAAAGCAAGAUGGAGCUCAUGAGUCCAUCAGGCCUUCCACCUGUCAAAACUGCUGAAUCUUUAGUCAGAAUUCACUCCGAAAACACCCAUUCAUUGGCCUAUCGUAUGUUGAAUAUCGAUGUAGGAUACAGCAGCGACGAGGCUGGAGACGAAGAUGGUGCGUUCUACAUAGAUGGCUUGGACAAUACGUUCACCUCUGAAAAAGAAGUCAGAAAGUAUCUGAAUAUAGUUACACCCGAAAAGGAAGAAAACCCAGAUGAAGAUGGCGAAGAUAACGAAGAUGCUGUCGAAGAAAGUUUGGUACCCGUCCGCCGCAACGACUUUUCUUCUCUCGGAGACAGACGAAAAUUGCUGGUGUCGGUUGCAGUAAGUUCCUCUGCUCCCGAUCCAGAAGACUGCGACGAGAAUUUCCCGUUCCCGUCCAAGAAAUCUAUCAAAGCAAAGGAAGCCGCUAAAGAAGCCGAGGCAAAAAAAGCGGAAGACGAAGCAAUUGCACCAGGCAGUCCCGAGAAAUUGUUGAAACGAUCGGCUGUCAAACUCGAGCAGAUAUCGCCGGACACAUCCGAGGUUCUCAACAUUUGGGCAAAUGUAGAAAGUGCUGCCGCAACGCUUCAGCUUCCCCUAAACGAAAUCAAACGUGUGUUGAGAGGAGAUCUUGGCGAAGAUUUCAGCGACGAAGUAGGAGGGUAUCGCUGGCAGUACGCUGCUGCGGGAGCUGUGGUCACCGCCGGUGAAACCACUAGGAAAGGGAGCAAGAAAAGAAAGGAAGCCUGGAAUGAAUUCCGGGAUCGACUCUACGAUCCAAGCGAGCCCCACAACUACAAAAACAACAACAGGCUUCGCGAUUAUCAAGUGGAGGGAGUAAAUUGGUUAUCAAGCACGUUCUAUAGAAAGACUGGCUGCAUUCUAGCAGACGAGAUGGGUCUGGGAAAAGUAAGUAUUUUUGAAUGUAUUGUUCAAAUUUCUUGCUGUAUAUCUCACGCAAACUUGUCCUCUGGUCUCAUUUUGUAAAAAAAGACUGUCCAAAUCGUAACUUAUCUCGAGCACUUGUUCCGAGUUGAAAAGAUUCGUGGGCCUUUCUUGGUGGUAGUACCACUCUCAACAGUUGAACACUGGAGACGCGAGUUUGAAGGCUGGACAGAUAUGGUUUGCUGCGUUUAUCACGAUAGGCAACGGCAAUGGCGUGACGUCCUCCGAGAAUAUGAAUGGUACUACGAAGACAAGCCGCGGAAUGCUGAAUUCCUGAAAUUUCACGUUCUGGUUACGACAUACGACACGUUAAUUGGUGAUUUUGAUGUCAUAGGUCAGAUUCCUUUUCGAGUUGCUGUUGUUGAUGAGGCGCAUCGUCUCCGAAACCAAAAAGGGAAACUACUCGAGUGCAUGAAAGAGAUCAGUGCGAAAGGAACAUUGCAGCAUGGGUAUCAAAGCCGCGUACUCAUGUCUGGAACACCCCUGCAAAAUGAUUUGACCGAGCUCUGGACACUGCUGAACUUUAUUGAACCAUUCAAAUUCCCCGACAUCGAUAACUUCAUGCAACAUUUUGGAAACAUGAAAAGCAAGGAACAGGUUGAAAACUUGCAACAACAAAUCUCGCCCUUUAUGUUGCGACGAGUCAAAGAGGAUGUAGCCAAAGACAUUCCAGCGAAGGAGGAAACAGUCAUUGACGUCGAAUUGACUUCUAUUCAGAAGCAAUAUUACCGUGCUAUUUUUGAACACAAUCAUGCCUUCUUAAAUAUGGGUGCCACGCGUGUGACUGCGCCAAAGUUGAUGAAUAUCCAGAUGGAGCUUCGAAAGGUAUGCAACCAUCCUUGUCUUCUAGAAGGCGUGGAGCAUCGAGAGCAAGAUCGUUUAUUCAAGGAAUUUUUGGAAGCUGGGAAAUUCGAAGGAAAAUCACCUGACGAACAACAAUACAUGAUGAAUGAGAAUCUACAAGUACAGACCAGUGGGAAAAUGGUGCUUAUGGAUAAGCUUUUACCAAAACUGCGACAGGAGGGGCACAAAAUACUUGUCUUCAGCCAAAUGGUGAAGAUGUUGGAUCUGAUUUCUGAGUACUGUGAAUUCAGGGAAUUUCCUUACGAACGCUUGGAUGGUCGUGUCCGAGGCACAGACCGUCAGAAGUCUAUCGACAGGUUUAAUAAGGACCCCAGUGCGUUUCUUUUUCUUUUAUCAACACGUGCCGGUGGAGUUGGAAUUAACUUGACAGCGGCCGACAUCUGUAUUAUUUUCGAUAGCGACUGGAACCCGUAAGUGUUUAUUCUUGUUGAGGAAUAAAUUGUUAGGACGUAAUGAAUCAAGGCGACCGUCUAACAUACUAUCCCCCUUUGUUCUUUGCUCUGGGCACAGACAAAACGAUGUACAGGCGCAGGCUCGUUGCCAUCGAAUUGGACAGACAAAGGACGUUCGAAUUUACCGUCUCGUGACAAGCCGGACUUUCGAACAAGAAAUGUUUGACAGGGCGAGCAAAAAGUUGGGUUUGGAGCAAGCAGUGUUGGGUUCUUUUGGACAGGACGAAGAUGAUGACAAACCAAACAGCAAAGAAAUGGAGGAACUUCUGAAAAGAGGUGCCUAUGCCUUGCUGGAGGAUGACGAUGAGAAAGUCAAACAGUUCUGUGCAGACGAUAUUGACAGUAUUUUAGCAACGAGGACCCGCACGCGCGUCGUGGAGGGAGCGAAAACUGCUUCUUGGCUGAACAAACAAGGCAUGGUUGUCAGCAAGUCGAAAUUUACCAGCGACUCAAAGUCCGCCGGACUAGAUAUGGAUGAUCCUCUUUUUUGGCAAAAAGUCAUGCCAGAUUUUGUCACACCUAUGCUUAUGACUCAGCAACUACAGGAUUUGUCUCAUGAAAUUUUGGGAACUGUUAAGAAAGUGGGAAGAGGACGCGGCAGAUGGAAAAAGAAGUAUGAAGAAGAAGAAAAGGCCAAAAAGGAAGAGGAAGCUAAGAAAAAGCGCGACGAGGACAUGCAGAGUUCCAAUCCUGAAAGUGAAGAUCCAGUGAAGGAAGAUGAUGCGGUUGCUGAUAUUUCAAAAGCCGACGAAGUCCCCGUUAAUGAUGAGGGCAGCGGAGUUGAAAAUAAUGAUGAAGACGGGGUGAAAAAGAACUUCCAGCUAACGAAGACUCAAAAGAGAAAGGUUGCAAAGUUCAUGUCAGAUCUAAAGAGUAUGAUGGAAGGACUUUUCGAUGAAGCAGAAGAUGAUAAUCUUGCUGGCGAAGAGAAAGCCGCCGCACAGAAAUUAUUGCUUACUGUGUCCAUGAAGGAGAAAUUGUUCAAUGAGGAUCAGCGGCAUUACGCACUGAUAACAUUGAAACGUCUCGAGGGUGACAGACGUCGGCGUUGCAGAACAGGUGAUCCAGGAGGAAGAUCAACACCUCGUAAACAAAUUUUUGACGAUGACAGUGUUCAAAUUAGGGAAGAACUGAGAAUCGUCAGCAGUAAAAAAGUUAAGAGACGCCGAAGGAAGGGUGGUGGCGAUGACGACAAUGAAAGAAAACGUAGGAAAUCCUCUGCAAUAGGCGAUGAUGGGUACAAGGUACACUCUGACGAUGAAGCAGAAUGGUCUGACGUAGACGACAGUGUAUACGGUGGAAAGGGUAAGAAGAAACUGACUAUUUCUAGGAAAGAAGCAAAUCGCAGGCGUCAGUGGGCAGCGGAGGGCGAUGCCGCCGUCGCAGCUGGACGGCCAUGGCCAGCGUUGCCUCGAACAGAGGUCUCAAAGGUUCUAAAAACUUUAUUGGACGCGGUGUUGAAACACGACGAAGAAAAAGGUGGUAUAUUUUCGGUCCCUGUUCCACGUGAGGAGUUUCCUGAAUACUAUGAACAGGUGAAGAAUCCAAUGGACUAUGGUACGAUGAAGAAGAAGCUAGAGAAUGAUGAAUACCGAUCAGCGCAGUCAAUGCAGAAAGACUUCCGCCUCGUCAUGCAAAAUUGCCUUCAAUUUAAUGCGUACGAAUCAGAAAUUUGCCAAGAAGCUCGUCAGCAAGCGCUUCUGAGACCGGGCCAGCUCAGGGCUGCUGCAAUGGCGAAUGAUCUGUUUUUGGCAGAAGAUGGCACAGUCCUUCAGAUCGUGGAUGAGAAAAACGCAGCUACCCCGGUAAAGAAGCGUAAGAGGAGAACAAAGGAAGAAAUGAGGAGAGACGCCGAAGCCGCUGCCGCUGAAAAGGAGAAGAAGAAAGCAAAGAAGAAGGUAAACGAUGAAGACACGAUUGACCUUGGUGUCGAGGAAGAUGAUGUGCCGUUGACAUCAAUGAAGAAAAAGAAACCAAGAAUCAAGAUCAACUUGAGGAAUCCUGUUCCCGAUGACGACGAGGAAAUGAAUGUAAUUUCAAGCGACGAAAAAUCCAAGCGAAAGAAAGCACCCGUUUCUCGACAAAAGAGGGGCCGCAAGUCUGCUAUGUGGAAUAAUGCUGAAACGAACUUGGAUGUUGCACCAAAAAAGAUAAUAAGAAAGAGAAGUGGAAAAUCAAAAGCCACUAACUCUAGCGAUGCAGACUCUUUUGAUGUUGCAUUUUUGAAGAAAGAGAGAGAGAAAAUUGGUAGCGAUUUACCAUUUGACGUAUCAAGAAAGUUUUUUACCAAAAGAGGUCCGUGGAGUUUACCUGCACCUCUGCUUCCUACCAAGUUCCGCGACGUUGCAUCGGCGAUGUUUAAAAAACUUGAAAAAAUUGACCGUUACGCUGUAUUUGCUGAGCCGGUAUCUGAUGAGGAUGCUCCUGAUUAUUCUGAUAUCGUGAAAAAUCCCAUAGAUCUCUCGACGAUGAAUUCCAAGCUAGAAACAGGUGUUUAUGGAGAAGGUUCAGCAGCUGCCUCCAAACUUUAUUCGGAUUAUCUACUCAUGUUCGAUAAUUGUCGACUCUACAACGAAGAUGACGGAGAAGUCACUGAAGAAGCUGCCAGAAUUAUGGCAUUGGUACCUGAGAUUUACGCAGGGGCAUGUGUUGCUGUACUAAAAAAGCAGAAAUAGUGAUGAAAAAUCAAGAAGUUUAUACAUAGUCAUCAUGACGGGAAUCAACAUUACAGAAAUAUAUUUCGCUUAUUCACCAAGCCCAUUGUCUUUUAGUCGAGUAAGUAGAUCAUUCAAUUGCGGACCAACUUUUCGAACUAGGCGAAGAUUUGUUCCUUCCUUGUCAGUCCCUUCGUGAAUAUCGUGGUUCGAUUCAAUAAAUCUAGCCCGAGGUUCGGGGUCCGUUAUUGUAUUCAAGAGGAUAGGAGUGAAUGCCUCCGGUGUUGCUUUACAAUUCUCGUCACUGUCAUGAACCUUGGCAUCGUUAUCAACUUCACUAUUGUUUAAUUGCACUCCAGUUCUUUCCCUCAUUGCUUCAAGGUUGUCGUGAGAAAAAUCGAUUUUUCGACUCACUUUCACCUUGUCACAAUUGCUCGGAAAUUUUCGCCAUCGUAUUGUUCCAAGUUCCGCGUUCUCUAUGCUUACAGAAGGCAAACAAUUUUCUUCAAGGUAUUUCGAGAAAGGUAUGCACACGCUUGUACUAUUUCCUUUUCGAGGAGUUUGCGCCGAAAAGAAAGCCCUCGUAUCCAGUAGAUCCGCGUCGUCCACUUGAGCAAAGAAAUUGUCCAUAUGGGU